CUUGAAGAAACAGGAUUUAAUUCUGCAAGCGGUUUGGUACAAACGAAGAAAUUUCAAACAGAUAAAGGAUCAGAACUAGCUAAUAGGAAAAGAGAGAAAAACAAAGCAAUGCCAAGAGCUCUGUCAAUCCGAUGUUCAUCGAUAGAGGAAGAAGCUCUCUCUUUAUCAUCUCGUGCCAAAUGCAACAAAGGAUGAGUCCUUUUUCCUUCUCGCCUUUGAUCGGAAAAGAGAAUUGGAACACUUUUUCAAUGGAGCCAACAAUCAAAGCGAUAUAUUAGCGUAUGGAUUCUACAUGGAUUAGAAAGAAAGAAAUACUACCGAGAAUUCGAUAUGCGGUACAAAUUCAUGAGCAACACUACGUGCACAGAUUUAUGUUUACAUCUGCCGAUAGAUUUGUGCUGCGUCAUAUGAUAAUUUUUUGAUAUCUAUUUUGAUUAUGGACCACAUGCAUUAGUCUACAUAGUUUCCUUAGCCUUUCCUGUCUUGUUUCUUUCAGAUAGGAAAAUGAUUUUGGCACUCCAAUUUUUUAUGAUGACACUCCAAAAUUUGUCUUUUAGUGUACCUUACUAUAUAUAUAUAAUUUUUACACUAAAAGUCAAGUUUUGAAGUGCCAUUAUAAAAAAUCGGAGUGCCAAAAUUAUUUGCCUAAAAUAAUUAUCGAAGAAAUUAAGUCGGAAAAAAUAGCUGAAAGCUCCCAAAACAUUUUCCUUGCCCAGCUACAAUUAGCAAAAUUUUGCAUUAAAAUUGCAUAUGGCCUGUCAAAUCAGCUUAAACUUUAGAACAAAUUAUCCACAUCAAAUUAAUAACCAUCGUACAUUGUUCCAAUUUGACCAUCCAUUGAUUUCUUUUCACAAAUUUCUUCGGACAUGCAAUAUUGUCAAAUAAUCUCAAUCAAAACAAGAAAACAAAUAACAGACCAAACAUAGUAAAAGGAAAAAGUAGGCUCCUUUUUGCUAACUGAUCUUCUGCAACUUAUCUUGAUCUCCAUUGCAAUAUCACAUACUCAAUAGUGUUCUUUAACUUUUCUCGAUCCAAUUAAACUCUUGGUUAUGAUCGUGGGCUUAGUUAGCCCAGGUGGUCAUGUAGCCCGUUCCGUGACUAAGGUUCAGGGUUCGACUCUCAUGAACAGAUAUCAAAUUUAUUUGUAACUCUUUUAACAUCUGCUAACAAUACCAAUCGUAUGUUGUCUCGAUUGCCGAAAAAACUCAAUAAAGAAAAGAAAAAAAAAAAAAAACUCUUGGGGACAAACACAUUCAGAAAUGAAAAUCAGAGAGAAGGUCAAAUGAAUAUCAUAAUGUAUAUGCAAAUGUACACACAGGAUGUAGAGAGAGAAUAAAACAAAAUGAAAGGAGAGAGAGAGAGAGAGAGAGAGAGAGAGAGAGAGAGAGAGAGA